AUGGAUACAUUGAAUCGAGUGGUAACCCUUUUACUUUACCCUAUAGUAUAGGCGGUGCACCUACGAUGUUCGUCAUCUUCACGUAAUCUUUCUGAACCAGAAACCGUUGGGUUUGGUGUCCAUCCUCUUCUAUCAAUUCUGCAUUUACUUCUAUGUUUUAUAUACACUCCUCCUACUUUCAUCAAACCCAUCUCUCACCAAAUCCAAAUCACCACCUAUGGCUUCCUCCACCCUCAAAUCCGCCGCCUUGAUGGACCAGAUGAAAGCUCACUUCUCUACCGACGCCGGCAAAGCCCUGACCAACAAGAUCGGACUCGUUUAUCAAAUCAAUAUCGCUCCCAAGAAACUUGGAUUCAACGAGGAGAGUUACGUUGUCGAUCUCAAAAAAGGAGAGGUUACCAAAGGUCCAUAUGAAGGCGGAAAGCCGGAUGCCACCUUUUCUUUCACAGACGACGACUUCAUCAAGGUUGCCACUGGGAAAAUGAACCCCCAAAUAGCUUUCAUGAGGGGUGUAAUGAAGGUGAAGGGUAGUUUGAGUGCAGCCCAGAAGUUCACACCUGACAUCUUCCCACAACCUUCAAAGAUGUAAGCAAGGUUUGUCACCUGGAUUAUGAAAUUAGAUGAGAUUAAUUAUAAAACAUAAAAGUAUGCUACUUUCUCCAGUUUCUACAAAUGAAAUGAAAUUACUUGACCACCAACAUUAUGGAAAUUGUUUAUUGUAUGUUCUUGUUCCUUCUUUGCAUAUGGGUUUGGUUUGUAUACUUGGUUCACAUAGUUAAAUUGCAAUUUAAAACC